CUGCGCUUGCGGAGCAUUGUUCCAUUUGAAAGAGCCCGGAAAAAAAAAGUUGCGAUAGAACUUCAGCAUCAGUUCCCGCUUGGAUUCGAAGCGAUCAAACGAAUCCUCAAGAGCACAGAGCGCCGGCGAGACAUUCAAUUCGCACUAACGGAAGUUGAAGGCAGCGCAGGGGGUGGGACCAAAGAAUUCGCCCCACCAUUGUCACCAGACUCUAACUGUGUGUGCUGUCCAAAUACUGAGCGGAAGACCCGAUUGCUCCGAAAUUUGAAUUGCAAUAUUAGCUGUGCAGGAUCACAGGACGGAAGGCCAUUCGGGCCAUCCUGAAUUGGCUGUCCAAUUUCUCCCAUUCAACAGAGACCAAACUGUACUGUUCCAGGCGUGCCAAGGAAGACCUGUGCUCGGUGGGAUGUCGGCUUGGGGAGUGGAGACAUUUGACCAAAUGUCUGGGCGGUGACCUGACUGUUGGGACUGUGCAGCCCGCGGCUGGCUCAUGCUUCGCCUUCAUUUCUCACUGGCGGCGGCUCGGAGCGCUCCCGUGAAUGGCGCGGGCACUAGCACCGGCAAGAGUCUGCCCCGGGCACUGGGAGCUCCGCUGCCCGCUCGUCCGAGCCCGACUUCUGGCGGCGUGACAGCAAAGGGUGGCGGCGAGCCAAGGCGGCGGCGGGAAGAAAGGGAGUGGCGAAAGGACACGGAGAACAGCGGAGGGGGCUCAGUGUCCGGAGCGAACUCGGAGGCGGGGAGCAUGGUGAGGAAGGGCCAGAGCUCGGGCACCCCUCGCCGAAUCUGCGCCGACGCAGAGGAAAAUCAGGCGGACGAGAGUGACCAUUCGGGUUACGACACGGCCGUCGGCUACUCAGAUUUCUACGAGAGCUUCAGCGAAUGUGCGGAAUCUCCUCCGAGCAACGGCGAUGCUGGCACGGAAGAUUUGCGCUCGUGUUUGGGGUCGCAAGCGGGGUGGAAGGCGCCGGUCUCGAACUCGGAGCCAGACGGGAGCUCCUCCUCCAGCGUGCUGCUGUGGGAGCAUAUGCAGCCGUGCAGCGGCGACGAAGCACAUUACAUCAGCACCCAUGAGAUUCAGCUCUAUGAACUGGACCACGAUGGCGAAUGCGAGCUCGGUGCCGGCUGGGAUGAGGAGGGGAGCAGCGCCUGUUACUCCUGCAGAGAUAGCAGCUCCUUCGAGAGCGACACAUCCGAGGGAAGUUGCCGGACCCCUUUGGGCACAAGUGGCGUCGGUGAUCUGCCCCCGGCUUCUGACGCCGUCUCCCCCAUCCGGCCAGUUACCGGCGUCCGGGACACUAGUCCGCUGAAAAGCCGGCCUGAGAGCGAAGAUUCUGCCGAACGACUUCACUUGUCUAUCCAGGCCGAUUCUCACGCCGGAGGCGAACAGAAUGGAGCUCAAGAAAAGAGAAACUCGCCCGCCGCCAAUUUCUCGGAAUCGGGGGAUCAGUGCAAGACCAAAUCUCAAACAGUGGGAGAUGACGCUAAGGAUGUAAAUUCUCACCGCAAUGUCCCUCCUAGUGCCGGGACAAAACCCUUUUGGAAAGCCUUUGGGAAUUCCAGUGGAACUUCGAGUGCUGUCAGCGAGUUGGACGACGCGGAUAAGGAAGUGCGCUCUCUGACGGCUCGGACUUUCCGCAGCCUUGCUUGCGCCGGUGACGAAUAUCUCGACACUUUCAGCGCCGAUUGCAGGACAUCAACCGAGCAGUCGUCGGACGAGAUCGUUCCGCUUAACCGCUGCGCCACUUACAUCGACCUCAAGUGCCGCAACACUGCGGGCGAGAAAGGGCAGGUUGAAUUUCCGACCAAAAGUGCAAAAUUAGGCGUUAGGCAAGGAAGCGGAAACCAACGUGAGGAAUCAACGCACCUUCCUACUCCCGUUAACGCGAAACAUGGACACCCGGCGGACAUGCAAACCUCCAAACAGCAACUGCAUCUGUCCGGGAAAUUUGAACAGAUUGGAUCCAGGGUUAUAACUUUAACCGAGACCUUAAACUUCAGAUACGAUGUCAAGGAGCACAUCUCAGGCAGGCGAGAGAGCGAAAGGCGAGUGGAGUUGGCCCGAGGUGUGGUCGGAUCGCGUUGCGCCGAUGAGGUUACCGAGUGCACGCCAAGGGAGGAGGGAGGCGAAAGCAGCAGGGGGAUCAGCAAGACAGCGGAGGCAAUGGAUGGCGCGCAGAAGAAAUCCAAGUUCGCCUCCAAUCUCUUGCAAAAUGUCAUCUGGAAGAAAAUGCAAUUCGAACAGGAGCUCAAGAUGGAGCGGGGGGAGAUUACCGACACAUCGUUCGCCGGUCGAACGAGUCCAUCUGCCGCCGAAUUUCCUAAGGCGCCUCCGUCGCAGCGUGAGGUGGAACCGAAUUCCAACAGGCUUUCCGGCGGAAGCGUGGAAACUUCCCCCGUCCCGGGGGAGAGCGGCGGAGAAGCUGCGCCUUGUGACCACCCUUCGGCGCCAAGCAACGCCCGGCUGACGACAGGUGAGUCCGGGGACGGGUGCAAGGGCACAUUGCAACGGAGUCAGCACAGCGCUUUCAGGUCGUGGAAGGAGGGUGAGCAGCGAACGCCCGGUCCCGGCAGCAAGCCGGCGCAGCGCGUCCGUGCGGAAAUUGGUGGCCACCCGCACUGCAAAGAUACCAAAAUGUCUCACCUCUUUGUGCCCAGCAUCCAUAAGGCUCCCGGCAGCGGCAGAAGCGAACCGCUGGCGGCCAACGUCAAAAACACGUUGACGGAGGGUGAGCAAAUCCGGGCGGCGGGUGGCGAUGGCAACAUCCCUUCCAGGUCGCCCGAGAUCAAGAUCCGACUGAGGAACGUUAAGGGCGGAGGGCAGAGCCCGUUCAGCAUCGCUAAGCUGCUGACGCCCAAGCUGACGGGCAGCACCGGCGGCCCAAGCAAGGGGACGAGCGAUGGCAGGUGUCCGGCGGCGGGCGGGGAGCGCGCAGACGACGGCCGUGUGCGCGCGCCCCCCUUCACAGUGCGCGAUGUUCGCGACAACAUCCACAAGUUGCAGGCGCCCAUCCACCAGGUGAGGGACGUGAGGAAGCUGGUGAAGAGCUCCUACCAUGUCAUGACGCUAGACGGCGGUGGUCUGGGUCCGAGCCCGGGCGUCGAGCCGGCGGCCGAGCAGCGAGGGGGCGGGGGCGGGGGCGGUAGCGGAGCCCCACUGCCCAUCGUCAUCAAGUGUCAGGCAGUCAGCAGAAAGGAGCUGCCCGGAGUCCGGCCUGAGGUCGAGGACGCUGAGCCUGCCAUGAAGAACGGUUCCGUCUUCGUGCACAGGGCGUCGGGGCGCCUUCCACUCCACGAGGCGGCGGGCAGCCGGGGUCCGGUGGGGAGUCCGCCGGCGGCAGAGAAACGAGGAGGAGGCAGCGCCAGGGCGGCGAGCAGCAACCAGCUGGCGCUGGAGAAGCUGACAGCGGCCGUCCGGACCAUGGAGCAGCUCUAUGUCUUCGACAACAAUGAAUGGAGGCGCAAGAACGAGAAGGGCCCGGGGCCCGGGCCCCUGGCGGGCAGUCAUGUGCUGUCGCUAAUUGCCAGCGAGGAGUCGUCGAGCUCGAGUGCGGUUGUCACGCCGGGCGGCGGUGGCCCACCCCGGGCCGAGCAGGAACACCUUCCCUCCAAGGAGGCGACGCGCACGGCUGUCAGGCCACCGCCCGCCCCGGUCGUCACCGCCGCCCGAUGUCAGGACCGCGACCCACCCAAACCUCCGCCGACUCUCCCUUCCGUUCCGCCAGCGGCGGGCGGGGCCGCCCGGGGCGUCAUGCCGCAACUCUUCGCCGUGGCGCCGGUCGCCCCGCAGCCCUCGCCGUUGGCCGCCGGCAAGAAGGCUGUGGUCGGGUCGCCGCCGGAUCUUCGCCCCUUGCAUACGCUGCCGCGUCCGGCUCAGGAGGAGAGCGAGAAGACCGGCAAGGCGGUAUCCCAGCAGAAGCCGCCCCUUCCCCCGCCGCCGCCCGAACACGAGAACUACCUGACCAUCCCGGUGAAGAAGCCACCCGCCGCCGCCCGGGAGCCGUCGCCUCCUGUUGUCUACCAGCAUCAGCAGGCUCAGCUCGUUCGCCUCACGCCGCCGCUCAGCCCAGGCAAGGUGCAACCGGUGCCGCCCGUUCUGAUGGACAGCCCCACGAUGCCUUAUUUCCCCAUGCCGCAGACCCAGCGGAGGAUGUUGCUGGACCCCGCCACCGGCCAGUACUACCUGGUGGAUACGCCUGUACAGCCCGCCCGCAGGCGGCUCUACGACCCAGAGACUGGGCAAUACGUGGACCUCCCGCUGCCUCAACAACCGGUGGCCCCUAUGCCAGUGCCCAUGUCACCUAUUGCAAUCAACCCUGGCACCUACGGACCCACCUACAUGAUCUACCCUGGUUUCCUGCCGCCGCCACCAACCAUGCUGCCCACCCUUCCACCCGCCCCGGAUACAGAAUACAGCGAGGCCGGCAAAGCCAGUAGCGUCCCGAAGCCUCAAACCGAACCCCAAUACUUGGAGAGUCCCUAUUACUUCCCAACGGGGAAAUCCAUGACCAGCGGCCAGACCACGACGGGUAGGGUUUGUAAGGGGCCGUCGGAGGCGAAACCCGUUAUCAGCAUCACUUCCCAGCAGGGACCUCGGAUCAUUGCCCCCCCUUCCUUUGAUGGAACGACCAUGAGUUUUGUAGUCGAGCACAGAUGAGAGGACUUCCCAUGCCCCAUGAGGAGAUGAGAAUGAAGAAAUUUGUAAGAAGAUUGCUUUGCAAAGCAAGGAAACUUUUUUAAAACAUCCUUAAUAUUUUCCUAUUCUAAAAUGUAGUUAUGUGUGUUUACUAUAAUUGCAUUACUGUUCAGAAUAAAACCAAGCUUCCUUUUUUUUGGAAACAUAUACAAAGGUUAUUUUAUGCCAAAUCAUUGAUGCUUACAACCAACACUCAACACAGUUUUAAAAAUGGUUUGUAAAUGGAGUAAAGUUUGUGUGUUACAGCACUUGAGCUGUACGAGGGUCAAUGCAGUGAGCACUUGAUAAGCUAAUGUCCUGCUUUUGAACAUUCAGCAAUACUCAGUGAUCCUGCCCGAAAGUGUGCUUGUUCUGUAUUUGCAAUGCCAGAGGACUCGAAGAUACUAUUGCAGUCAAAACCUUAUUUAUUUUCUCUGAUAAACUGUAAGAAACAAGAAAGUAAAGGAUAAUGUUGUCUGCUU